AUGUCAGCAGCUGAACGCACCUUCUUUGGUGACUUCCCCAAUUUCAAACCCAAUCUCGACGCCCCUAUCAGCGCUGAAUUUAAACGCCUGGCACAACAGCGUCAAUGGAAAGCAAACUCGAGAAGAUGGCGCAAGAUGUGGAACACAUGCAUUGGUCAGGAGUACGACAGAAUCAUAGGACAGAACCUCAGUAGUCUGCAGACUUGGCAGCGUCUGUGCGAGGAGCUGGACUUGAAAGGACCGUUCACCUCCAUUACGCAGUGUAAGAAGGCUUUGUCAAAGGUGUAUGUCAAUAUUGUGGACGUUCUGGACUGUCGUGUUCUGAACAAGGACUGUCCCGAACUGGUCUGGAAGCCGAAGAAGUUUCCAACUGUCAAGGCACUUUCCGGGUACACCAAACGAACGGGAAAGUUCUUCAACAGAGAGCUUGCAAAGCAAGACAAGUUGUUAAAGACACUGCUCAAGAAGCUGGUCUGA